AUGAACGACGCGUUUACCGCAUGUUGUGUCGGUGCCCGCGGUGGGUUUCGGCAGCAGACGGGAGCAAUGCCGGUACGGAAUAUCUUGCGGCCUGCGUUGCGAUUCUUCGGGAUGAGGAGGGCGAUUUGUUUACCAGGAUCGUCACGUCACUCGAUAUUCCAGCCUUCAUUAUUUUACCAGUCAGAGACUAGCAGUACCCACGUCGCGUUGGCUUUCAGCGACAGUCCAGACACAUUGGAGAGGACCAGUAUAUCCAAUGGCGCGGUUGGAUGUUUUGUGGCUGUGAACGCCUUGUAUGAGUAA